AUGGAUCAAUCACCUCAAACUCAAAUUUCAGCAGUUCGUAAGGCUCGUAUGAAGACAUCGGCCGAAAAAACGAUAAUUCAUAAUGAAGCGAACCCUACCAAUAAAGAAGUUAAUGACGAACUAGAAGUCUCUACCCAAGGCGCAAUUAGUAGUGAAGAAGGGAUGGCAGUUAGACAGCAAAAAACAAAUGGAGUUCCAGUCAAAAAGAAGCGUAACAAUUCAGAUGAGAUAGAUCAAAAGGUUGGUCAAAAUUCCUUGGCCAUCAGAGAUGGAAAAAUUCCAAUGGAUUCGGCAAAUCAAACUGCCGAGACAGAGUCAAUUCUCAUUGUGGCCGAAAACGAUGAAUUUCGUGGCAAUUCAGCAAUUCCUAACGAUUCUAUUGAAAACAAAGUUCACUGUAAGGCGGCGAACACCGUGAAGCAAACAGAAGUUUUACCUGCACAAAAACAACCGAAUACUUCUACGUCAGACCAAAUCAAGCGCAAUACGGUCGCGUCAAUCUCGAACGCCGAAGAAAUUGAAGAUUCGCUAAUAAAAGAACAAACUGCCGUUAAACAAGACGCUACGGCUGUAUCUUAUAAUUCAGAACAAUCAGAGUCGUUCACCAGCAACGAUCAAGAUGAAAUUUCACUUCAAUCUGGAUCUCAAGGUCAACAUAAGCGUGCUGUUGCGGACCAUUUUCGUAAAUGGGGAACGCUCCUUAAUGUUAAGAGUAUUGAAGAUGCUCAACGAGCUCUGACUGAAGCUCAUAAUUCAAUCGUCGAUGGACGUCACAUUCGUGUUGAGAAAGCAAAAGUUAAUCGGACAUUGCUUAUCGGCCGCUUUAGUCGUGAUAUGAAAGAAGAUGAUAUCACCAAACUUCUCGCACCUUAUGGGGCUACUGAAGACAUUCAUAUUUUAAAAGAUUUUCGAACAGGCCAAAGCCGUGGAUGUGCGUUCGUGAAGUUCUGUUAUCGCGAAGAUGCCAUCAGCGCAUAUAUGAGUUUGCGCCGGACCUCAUCAUACGUCAUUGAAUGGGCAGCAAAUCUUGAGAAAGCAACACCUGGACCUGGUGAUAUAGAUAAAGGUACUAUAUUUGUCGGACAGCUUAAUCCAGAAGCUGUGACUAAAGAUGUGCUUGAGCAAAAAUUCAACCGUUAUGGCGAAAUCAAAGAUCUUCGACUUGUUACUAUAAAGAAACCUGGUCCUGCUGUACGUUCAGCUUUUGCAUUCAUUCGUUACGAUGACGAAAAUGCUUCAACUAAGGCGAUUGAAGCAGAGUCUCCUGAAUAUCGUAAUUAUCAAAUUCAAAUACUGCGCCAACAGCUCGAAGUUCGACAACGAGCGUUGCAGGCUGUUUCUUCCUAUGGUACUUCUGAAAAAUCGAACAAUGUUCGAAUGUCUUUAAGACCGCCGGCUUUAUCUAAAGCUGCGGUUGAACGUGUCUCAGGAAAUACUGCUAAUAAGCCAUUAUCGAAUCGUAACCGCUAUAUGCGUCCUACAUCUGUAUCAAAUGUUGGAACUGUAGUUGGCACUAAAUCUUUUGAUAGGCCUUCAAGUUCUAACCGUCGAGAUAUAAACUUUCCGCCUUUAAUCAAUACGCCGGAAGGUCUCGUUUAUCCUUACGUGCCACCAGUUGCUUGGUUUGGACAUGAUAAUUCAAUUGGUGUUGAUGAUCCACACGAAAACCCAGCCACAUUGCCACACCCAAUACUUCCCGGACCAUAUGUCCAUCAACACUGUCCCCCAUGCGUGCCAGGAGAACGUGAUGCAUAUAUCAAUGCUUAUGGCCACUUACCACCACCAUUCAUUUUACCUUCUAUGAUGCCAUUACCAGAGUUUGGUCUAGAUCAACAAUUUUUUGGAUAUCCAAUGACCGUACCACAUAAUGUCGUUUCUGGUACGCCUCCUGUAAAUGGUUCUAGUGGUUCUAGUCCAGAACAAACUAAUUAUGAAACUACAACUAAUGAUUAUGAAACUGAUAUUGAACUAUCUCGUUUUGAUGAGGGUCACCAACUUGCUGAAAAUGCUGGUGAAACAGAUAAAAAUGAUGUUUCUUGUGAUCAUAAUAAGGACGAG